AAACCCACCACAUUAUGUAACAUCAUACCUUCUUAUUUUAUCUCUUGGCUCAACUGAGCCUAACAACUUCCCUCCCUCCCAUCUGAUGGUUUACAAAAUUAAACUUUACAUCUUUACAUUUCACUUCGUUUCCUAUCCUUGUUAUAUCAUUACCUAAAAUAUUAUAUUGCUCAACCUGAAUAGGUAGCAAUUUCAUCUUACAAAUCUUCAGAUAUCCCCAAAACUACCAUUUUAUAGUUCAAAUCAGGGGAAAUAAAUACAUUAAAUGGACAAAAGUACAAAGAUUCACAAAGUUUUAGGGGUAUGCAUACCCCUGCACCCUCCCCGAAAAAAGCACUGGCUUCCAGGGAGGAGUACCUGUCUCAGACUCAUCCUAGCUGCUAUGCAAAAUGAACAGCAAGUCACAGGCAGGAUAGAAAACUUGAAUCAGCAUCUGUUUAGGACCCUGGGGUGUUCGUAUCAGCUGUUGCUAGCUGGUAUCCAAACAUUGCAGUUUUGCUCAUUGGCUGGAAACAGGGGAGGCUUCGCUUGUUUUUCUCUCUCUCCUCUCAGGAGAGGGAUCCCAGUGGCUUACUUUUUCUUUCUUAAAAGGAAGCUCAGAGUUGGCGGUCCCGUCUCCAAGACACUGGGCUCUCCUCAGAAGAGCCUGCACCCCAAGUCUUUACUCUAACCUGUCUUCUCCAGGAGGAGGAGGGCUGGUAGGUGCUAUUGCUUUAGGACUGGGUCCAAAGUGAUGGGCUCCUGGGAGCCUGACCUGGUUGUCGACAGGUGUUGGCCUUGGCUGUGGUGAAGAAAAGGCAUUGGUUUGCUUGUAGGAAUGUGGGUGAUCCCAACUCAAGAUCAGAGGCUAAUGGAAUGCCCUGCCUUUGUUUCUAUAAUUAGAAUAUUUUGCAAGAAACAUUUUGUUCUGUAAUGAACUGGCAAAGAGUUUCAUAUGUUAAAUGCACCAACACAUCGGAAUGAAUCAUUCAUGCACUUUGUUCUCUGUUGGCCCCCGUCCCGACGCAGAGUUUAAAUGUGCCAAUAAAUAUAGUAAAAUCAAAAUUUCACAUACAACUCUUGAAUGUGGCCGAUGAAUUUUCCAUACAUUUUAUUCUUUUCUGAAAGCACUGUUAUUAACAUAGUGGGUAACAGUGUGAAAACUGAAUCAGCCGUUAGAAAAUAGAUGCGUCAACUUGAUGGUUGGUCUGCAGUUACAAGUUAAAACCACAAGAGGGUAUCCUUUUGACAGUUUACUGCAACAUCUUAUAUCAGACAACUAGUAGCAACCAACCGAUUAUUUGUAGCUACCUUUCAUUCCUAAUCAUGAAUAGUGAAUUUGCCAGAGUCAGGCUCCAGUCCACCAUUUUAAAUAGAACAAAAACAAUGUAAGAUUAACCAUUUACUGGAACUACCAGCUUGUCAUUCAGGAGGAAUGAAAGUUUUCUGGGAGAUUUAGGUAGAAAUAGUUUGUAAUUGUAAAUAUGAAAUAUCUUAACGAGUAAGGCAGAGAUUUGGAAAGGUUUUUUUCUUUCUUGGCCUGCUAUUGUCAUUUUAGUGCAGAGUUCUCCAACCUUGGGUCUCUAGUUUCUGCAGGACUACAACAUCCCAUGGUCUAAAAAUAUUUGAGGCUGAAUUAGCAGGUAUUGCUCAUUUUCACAGGGGCAGGGGCAGAAAAGGAUCCAGCUCAGCAGAGAUGAGUCUCCUUUCCAUCCGCUCUGUUGUGUGCAGCUUUAAAAAGCCUGAUUGAAAAAAAAAAUUAACGCAGAUGUUUCUUGGGGACAUUGUGCCUGAAGUUCUUAGAGUAUUGAACCAGAUGAAUGUUUGGCCUGAACUAAUCUCAUGUCUAGUGUUAUUUAAAAUAGUAAUAAUUCUGAGCGCUUUGAUUUGCAUUUGAAGAGAAUUCUUAUAAAUGUUGGGAUGGAAAGUUUUCAAACAAAUGAAAACACAAAUGAAAGAUUCUAUAUAAGAAAGCAAAUCCCUCUCCACCCCCUUCACUGUAGGAAGAAUUACUCAACCAAUCUUGGUUCUUCCUCUUUAUGUGCGUGAUGUAAAACAAUAUAUGUAUGUGAACUUUGCCCUCGUUUCUUACAGGAACAUCAACCGAGAGGGCAGGUGUGGCUGCUCUAGCUGGAUCAGAAUCAAGUUUCCCUCGACACACAGCAGUCUGUUCUGACAUAGGAAAGGUUUGAAAAUGCUGCUCCAGUUUCUCCUUGUCCUCUGGGAGGCCUUGUCCCUGCAGGUCGUUCUGGUGUUUCUGGCUACAUUUCUACUUCUUGCUGGUUACAAGACUCGCCCAAAGGAUUUCCCCCCAGGGCCCAUAGCUCUUCCCUUUCUGGGCAAUGUGCUCAGUUUGGAUUUGAAGAAGACUCAUCUUUCAGUACAAAAGCUUUCAGAAAAAUAUGGCAAUGUCAUGAGCCUUCAGUUUGGAAAUGUGUGGUUUGUAGUUGUGAAUGGAUUGCACCUGGUGAAGGAGGUCCUUGUCCAUCAGGGUGAAAACUUUGUCGAUCGUCCAAAUGUUCCUUUUGAUGAUGAAAUCUUUAAGGGGCUUGGAUUGAUAUUCUCUAAUGGCCUUGGUUGGAAACAACAAAGACGGUUUGCCUUAUCAACUCUCAGAAACUUUGGUUUGGGCAAAAGGUCUUUAGAAGAACGAAUACAGGAGGAGAGCCGAUACCUAACAGAUGCAAUUGAAGCUGAGAAUGGGCAGCCAUUUGACCCUCACUUUCAGAUUAAUAAUGCUGUUUCAAAUAUCAUUUGUUCUGUCACUUUUGGGAACCGCUUUGAAUACCAUGACAAUCAUUUCCAGAAGUUAUUGAAAUUGCUUGAUGAGACGACGCACCUUCAAGGAAGUCGGGGUCAGCUGUACGAUCUCUUUCCCACUCUCAUGAAGCACCUGCCAGGGUCCCAUCAGACUAUUUUUAAUAACUGGAAGCAGCUGAGAUCCUUUGUGAGAGAAAUCAUUGAAAAACACAAAGAAGACUGGAAUCCAUCUGAACCCAGAGACUUCAUUGAUGCGUACCUAAAUGAAAUGGCCAAGGGGGAUGCUGCUCCCAGUUUCCAUGAAGAAAACCUCCUACAUUCUACACUGGAUCUGUUUUUUGCUGGAACAGAAACAACUUCUACAACCCUGCGCUGGGCUUUGCUGUACAUGGCAAUAUAUCCAGAAAUUCAGGCAAGAGUCCAAGCAGAAAUAGAUUCUGUGAUUGGCCAGUCUCGCCAGCCAGCGAUGGAUGACAGGGACAGCAUGCCCUAUACCAAUGCAGUUGUUCAUGAAGUUCAAAGAAUAAGCAACAUUAUACCUUUGAAUGUGCCCCGGAUGACAACUAAGGACACUACACUGGCUGGGUUUCAUGUGCCCAAGGGAACCAUAAUGCUUGCCAGCUUGACCUCUGUGCUCUUUGACAAGGAUGAGUGGGAAACACCCAAUGAGUUUAAUCCUGGCCAUUUCCUGGAGAACGGUCAGUUCAAGAAAAAGGAAGCAUUCUUGCCAUUCUCCGCAGGAAAGCGAGUUUGUCUUGGAGAGCAGUUGGCAAGGACCGAGCUCUUCAUUUUCUUCACUGCCCUAAUUCAGAAGUUCACUUUCCAGGCUCCAAAGAAUGAGACAUUAAGCCGUGAAUUUAGGAUGGGUCUGACGAUGUCUCCCGUGCCAUACAGGAUAUGUGCAUUCUCUCGCUAAGGGAACUUAUUUUAUGGCAUUGCCAUUUCUUUAAAAAGUAGCAGUUUAUGGUGCAGGAAGAGAUCUAUGCCACUUGGUGGCCCUCAAGAAGUGGCAAAGCGACUCCCCCAUGUAUAGCCUCAGUUUUCACAAACCCACGGUCGGAUCAGUCCAUGAAUGAGCUUUUCCACUGCCCAACACCAUCCCUGUGACGGGGUGAGCUCCCGUUGCUUGGUCCCAGCUCCUGCCAACCUAGCAGUUCGAAAGCAUGUCAAAGUGCAAGUAGAUAAACAGCGGGAAGGUAAACACCGUUUCCAUGUGCUGCUCUGGUUUGCCAGAAGCGGCUUUGUCAUGCUGGCCACAUGACCUGGAAGCUAUACGCCGGCUCCCUCGGCCAAUAAUGUGAGAUGAGCGCGCAACCCCAGAGUCGGUCACGACUGGACCUAAUGGUCAGGGGUCCCUUUACCUUUACCUAACUUCUUAGCCUGCAUGGCUUGCUCAACUGACUAUGUGCAGAUGAUGCAUUAGCCACCUCUCCCAAUGCUUCAUGUUCUCCAAACAAUGUCUAACAUCAAAGAAGGUGAA